GACUAAAAUGGGAACCUCGAUUUAGAGGUUCCUGUUUGCAUCUCUGCAGCCACCUCAGAACGCACGCAUUUGGUCUUGAGCCUGAACUGCUCUGCCGUCCGUGGGAGACUGCAGCUGCAUUGCUUCUCCCAGGCGCUCUUCAUCUUAGAUUUCUGAGGUGGAUUCUUCCAGUGUCAAGCUGGUCGGCGGCUGGAUCAUGGCUGAGACCAGGCACAGUUAUAGAUUGAACGACUGAAAGAGGCAUGUUUUGCCCAUUGAAACUCAUCCUGCUGCCCGUGUUACUGCAUUACUCCUUGGGCCAGAACAACUUGAUUGUUUCCACUCCUGAGCUAACAGUCCAUGUGGGUGAUUCAGUCCUGAUGGGGUGUGUUUUCCAGAGCACAGAAGAGAAGCAUGUGACCAAGGUAGACUGGAUGUUUUCAUCCAAAGAGGAUGCCAAGGACGAAUAUGUGCUGUACUAUUACGCCAACCUCAGCGUGCCUAUGGGGCGCUUUCAGAAUCGUGCGCGCUUGGUGGGGGACAUCUCACGCAAUGACGGCUCUCUCCUGCUCCAAGAUGUGACAGAGGCUGACCAGGGAACCUACACCUGUGAAAUUCGCCUCAGAAUGGAGAGCCUCGUGUUCAAGAAAGAGGUGGUGCUGCAUGUAAUACCAGAAGAGCCCAAAGAGCUCACGGUCCAUGUGGGUGAUUCAACUAAGAUGGCGUGUGUUUUCCAGAGCACAGAAGGGAAACGUGUGACCAGGUUAGACUGGGUGUUCUCAUCAGGAGAGCAUACCAAGAAGGAAGUUGUGUUGCAGUAUCCCAAACUCAAUGUAUCUGAGGGGUACCCGCAGAACUGGGGACACUUCCAGAACCGUAUAAACCUGGUUGGAGACAUUUCUCGCAACGACGGCUCCAUCAUGCUUCAGGGAGUGAAGGAGUCUGAUGGAGGAAACUACGCCUGCAGUAUCUAUCUGGGGAGCCUGGAGUUUAAGAAAACCAUUUUGCUGUCUGUGAUCCUGAAAGAGCCGAGAACAUUGGUGACGCCGGUAACCCUUAUACCUGCUGUCCUGGGUGGUAAUCAGCUGGUGAUCAUUGUGGGCAUUGUCUGCGCCACCAUCCUGCUGCUGGCUGCUCUGAUAUUGAUUGUGAAGAGGACCCACAGGAAUAAGAGUUCGGUGAAUUCUACAACUCUGGUCAAAAACCUGGAGAACACAAAGAAAGCAGACCCAGAGAAACACGUUUACUCCUCGAUAAGUACAAGGGAAGUGAUCGAGGAAGAGGAAUCGACUGGGAAAUCAGAGGCCACCUACAUGAUCAUGCACCCCGUUUGGCCUUCUACGAGGUCAGCACAGAACAACCCACUUGAAUGAAAGUCAGCUGGGGAAUGCCAGAAACAGAGCAAGCUUUUUGAAAAGGAAGGAGCUUAUCUAUCUUUCCAAGCUUAGUGGAAGAGACUAUCUACUCUGUGUGUCCUGAGCUGCAGUACCAGUUAUUUCUGACCCCUUACCUCUCCCCCCUACAAUUGUCCUCCUGCCUCAUUACUUGGUCAAAGGACUAAAGAUGGAGGGUUUGCAGCCUGACAGAGAGACUGGACAGUUUUGGAGGAGCAAGCCCUAACAAGGAGAGGGUGAAACGUGGGCUUGGAGGCUCUGGUGUGGGGCAUUGGUGCAGAGGAACCUGACGGAGCUGUUGCACUGGCCUUAGGCACGCUGUUGGAUGAGACCCUUCACUCGGACAGUGUUCUUUGUGGAUGAGCUAUUGGGAAGAAUCAAAGAGAUAUAAAAACUAACCCUAAUGCUUCUUUUGAUAAGUUAGCCCUAAAUAAAUGAGGUUUGUGUAAACCAUCCAUUUUUGAUGUCCUGGCUGAGGGACAAGUGGAGUCAUGAUGAAGAAUUUACGGUAGGAAACUCCUAUAGCUGAAGUUCCUCAAAGACAGCCGUGCUGUGGCUUAACACAUUGGGGGUUGGUUUUGGUCUUGGGAAUGGGAAAUUUUCAGCGGCAAAAGGAUCAGAAAUGGGGUAGGAACACAGCUCUAGGAUUCAACCCAGGAAGGAGUUCUUAAUUCUGGCUGGGUAUCAGAAUUGCUGGUGCCUUUUUACUGGGCUUCACCUGGUUUGGAAUUCUUAGGUAGAGCUUGGACAUCUGGGUUUUUUUUAAAGUGAUACUCUUGGGUUGCCAAAGUGAAGAGCCACUGAUUUAACUCUUGUUCUGAAAUGUGAGGUUCCUAUACUUUUUGGUUACUAUUGCAAGAUUUGAUAAGGUUGGUCUUAAAGGAUCCUAGGAACUCCGUUCCUAACCUCCAGGGAUCAGCUUGAGCUCAGCUCAGGUCUCCUCUCCUUGAUGCCCUCAGGCAUCUGCUCAUUCUUUCUCUCCCUUCCUUCUCAUUUAGCCAUUCAGGGGUGGAUAAAGAGGUAGGCUUUUCUGGUUCUGCAAUUUCUAAUCUAAUCUCAAGUAGAGCUGCAUUUUUCUUAAAAAUAAUUUUUAUUGCGCUUUAAGUGAAAGUUUGCAAAUUAAGUCAGUCUCUCACAUAUAAAUUUAUGUGCACCUUACUACAUACUCCCAUUUACUCUCCCUAAUGAGUCAGCCCGCUCUCUCUCUAGUCUCUCCUUUUGUGACCAUUUUGCCAGUUUCUAACCCCCUCUACCCUCCCAUCUCCCCUCCAGGCAGGAGAUGCCAACAUAGUUUCAAGUGUCCACGUGGUGCAAGUAGCUCACUCCUCAUCAACAUCUCUCUCCAACCCAUUGUCCAGUCCAAUCAUGUCUGAUGAGUUGGCUUCAGGAAUGAUUCCUGUCCUCGGCCAACAGAAGGUUUGCGGACCCUGACUGCCGGGGUCCUUCUAGCAUCAGUCAGACCGUUAAGUCUGGUCCUUUGAUGAGAAUUUGGGGUCUGCAUCCCACUGCUGUUCUGCUCCCUCAGGGGUUCUCUGUUGUGUUCCCUGUCAGGGCAGUCAUAGGUUGUGGCCAGGCACCAUCUAGUUCUUCUGGUCUCAGGAUGAUGUAAGUCUCUAGUUCAUGUAGCCCUUUCUGUCUCUUGGGCUCACAGUUACCUUGUGAGCUUGGUGUUCUUCAUUCUCCUUUGACCCAGGGGGGUUGAGACUCAUUGAUGCAUCUUAGAUGGCCACUUGCUAAUGUUUAAGACCCCAGACGCCACACUGCAAAGUGGGAUGCAGAAUAUUUUCUUAAUAGAUUUUAUUUUGCCAAUUGACUUAGAUGGCCCCUGAAGCCAUAGUCCCCAAACCCCUACCCCUGCUUUGCUGACCUUCGAAGAACUCAGUUUAUUCAGGAAAGUUCUUUGCUUUUGGUUUAGUCCAGUUGUGUUGACCUCCCGUGUAUUGAGUGUUGUCCUUCCCUUCACCUAAAGUGGGUCUUAUCUACUCUGUAGUCAGUAAAUAACCCUUCUCCCACCCUCCCUCCGUCCCUCCCCCCUCUCGUAGGCACAAAAGAGUGUGUUCUUCUCAGUUUAAACUAAUUCUCAAGAUCUUAUAAUAGUGAUCUUAUACAAUAUUUGUCCUUUUCCAACUAAUUUCUCUCAGCAUAAUGCCUUCCAGGUUCCUCCAUGUUAUGAAAUGUUUCACAGAUUCCUCACUAUUCUUUAUCGAUGUGUAGUAUUCCAUUGUGUGAAUAUACAAUAAUUUAUUUAUCCGUUCAUCCGUUGAUGGGUACCUUGGUUGCUUCCAUCUUUUUGCUAUUGUAAACAGAGCUGCAAUAAACAUGGGUGUGCAUAUAUCUGUUCGUGUAAAGGCUCUUAUUUCUCUAGGAUAUAUUCUGAGUGGGUGCAUUUUUUUUUUUAACUUUUUCUGAAUUUUAUUUGUUUUGUUGUUGAAAAUGUACACAGCAAAACACACAUCAAUUCAACAGUUUCUACAUGUACAAUUUUUAGUGACAUUGCUUACAUUCUUCGAAUCGUGCAACCAUUCUCACCCCCCUUUUCUGAAUUGUUCCUUUUUUUCAUUAUCAUAAACUCACUGCCCCCUAAGGUUCCUAACUGAUCUUUUUGAGUUGCUGUUGUUAAUUUGAUCCCAUAUAGAUAGUUCUUAGGGGCUGCAUUUAAAAUUUUUUGUUUUUUGUACUUUAGAUGACGGUUUACAGAACAAGCUAGUUUCUCAUUAAACAGUUAGUAUACAUAUUGUUUUAUGACACUGGUUAACAGCCACAAGACAUGUCAACCCUCUCCCUUCUCGACCUCGGGUUCCCUAUUACCAGCUUUCCUGUCCCCUCCUGCCUUCUAGUCCUUGCCCCUGGGCUGGUGUGCCCCUUUAGUCUCGUUUUAUUUUAUGGGCCUGUCCAAUCUUUGGCUGACGGUUCAAUCACAGCAGUGACAUCAUUACUGAGCUAAAAGGGUGUCCGGGGGCCAUACUCUUGGGGCUUCAUCAGUCUCUGUCAGGUCAGUAGGUCUGGUCUUUUUUUGUGAGUUGAAGUUUUGUUCUACAUUUUUCUGCAGCUCUGUCCGGGACCCACUAUUGUGAUCCCUGUCAGGGCAGUCAGUGGUGGUAGCCGAGCACCAUCUAGUUGUCCUGACCUCAGUCUGAUGGAGGCCAUGGUGGUUGUGGUCUAUUAGUUAGGGGCUGCAUUUUUGAAGAAGUCUCCUAACUCUUCCAACAUUAGGACCCUUUCAUAGCAUACCCAUUGUUAACUUCUUUCUUUUUCAUCAGUGGUUCUUGGAAUUCCACUUGGAGGCCUGUAGCCUCUUUUUGUUCUCAUUCAGCUGUGGCUGAGGCAUUCAGUGUUUCCUUCUUACCUGUUAGCUCUAAAUAUGGAGUUUGCCAAUAAUUUACAAUAAGAGCACUGAAGGCAAUAUCCUGUCCAAGACUUCAUAUGGGAGAGAAGACAUGUAUUGGCAUACAAGUAGUAGAGGGGGAGGGAGGAGUUUCACCUUCUGAGGAUUCUUGGAGAGGAAGUGGUUUAAUUUCUGGGCUAUUAAGUAACGUUCUCUCCUGGCCUAAGGGGCCCCUUUCUACUUCCUCAAAUAUUGUAUGCAUAGGAGGAUGGCCUACAGGGUACAGAGCUAGGGGGAUGGAUGGGGAUUUUACAUAGGGUGGCUCUGAGUCUCAAUCAACUCAAAGUUGGAUUUUUUUCCCCCCCGGGACUGAGAAGAUCAUUGGGAUAAGAGCUGGAGGAAGGGGUGGGCAGCUUAUUCACAUGUUCCUGCAAAGGGUGCUUUGCCAGGGAGAGUGUGGGUAUACCCCUCAGAGUCUGGUGUGCCCAAAUUUGAAUCUGACUCAUUCAGAGUUUGACUUCCAUUCUAAGUUCAGUAGUUGUGACUGGCGGGAAGAAGAGGAAGCCCACCUCUCUCUCCCCUUACCCCCACAAGCCUUCCUCAUAUAUGCAGGCUUGGAGUCAAGGUUGAGGGUGGACUUGCAGCUAUCACAUGCUAAUUUUGGCCCAAACCAAAACCAAGCCUUCAGGGGACCUUGGAAGAGACCUGCUUGCACACUCAUGCCCUUCUCCUAGAGAUAAACAAAAACCAAACCAGUUGCUGCCUGAGUUGACUCAUGGUGACCCCA